AUGUAUGGUCAUUCCGAACCCAAGCUUGCAUUUACAGAUAACGUUGCCAGUGACAAGGCAUUCCUUGAAGAUGCCUGGCCGUCUCUUCGAGAGUCUGUGGUACCAGUUGAAAAGUAUCCAGAUCUUGAACCACUUGCCGUACCGACACCGCCUAUUGCUAUUUUUGUAAAAAGCACAGCGUCUGCCAUAGACGCUGCCAUGGCCUCUAUUCUUGAUGAUCUUGAUCCAAGUCAUCCUGACAAAAAAAUCGUGAUAGGGUUUGAUUCCGAGUGGAAUGUUGAAGUAUCAUCUAAUGGCCAUAUUCUGCAUCGAGGACAAACAGCUAUUAUUCAAAUAGCAUAUAAAUCAUCCAUAUACAUUCUUCAGAUUGGUGAUAUGUUAGCAGGCGGUACACUUCCAAGUCAGCUUAGGAUUUUAUUGGAAAAUCCAAAUAUUGUGAAAGCUGGACGGCUUGUUGAAGCCGAUUUAAAGCAUCUUCAAACUGCUUCCCAGUCACCCAAACCUUUUGUUGGCGCUCUUGACCUUGCCAAAUAUGCAAAAGACAAAAUGGUAAUAUCUUCCGCACGAUGCAGUUUGGCUGAUCUAUGUGCAUUGGUUUUGGGAAAACGAUUAAACAAAAACGUUCCCGAGCGCAUUAGCAGUGCUUGGGAAAAUGAAAUCCUUACUCGCGAUCAACUCGCCUAUGCAGCCUGUGAUGCAUAUGCUUGUAUAUGCAUUUACAACAAACUUUCGACUCUUGAAACACCGCAAGUUCUUCCUUCUCAAUUUAAUGCAGGCAUUCCUGUUCUCUUAUUCAACACCGACAAGGCAUCUGUGAUUGCUCGAGGAAAAAUUUCAUCCCACAAAGAUGAUAGGCAACUCGAUGGCAUCAAUAUUACUACUACAAGAACUGCUGUCGACAUUGAAGAAGUAUUUGUCCCUGGUGCACUAAUCAGCAGUCAUCGGAACUGUUCACUUGCAUCAUUUGGGACACCACCAUUUACUCUUGUCUGUUUACGAAGUCAUUUAAAGACCUUUUCGCCAACAUUUUGGACACAUCAUUCAAGUCAGUCGGACUCGUCUUCUAGAGCUCAAACAAGCCCUAUGUCUCUAGAUCAGUCAUCCAAUCAGGAUCUAUUGACUGCCAGCUUGGCAGAGUUGGAUGAUAACGACCUCUCACUUGAUGCAACUUUUGAUGAUGAUUCAAUUCCUUCAAUCGGAAAUCUUGUUGUUGAAAAUCAUCGGCCUACUAGUGCACCUCCUAUAACCACAGACCAUCCUCGCAAUAUUGACCCAGAAAGUGCAUCGUUAGGCCAACAAGUACUGGACCAGUAUCCAAAUACCUGGGACAGUACAAUUCGGAGCCGGGUCCUCAAAGACGUUUUCCAUGUUUUCAACAUGUUUCAUAUCUCCUCAACACAUGGUUUACGUGCAGAGUUUGCCCGACAGCUUCGGGAUGCAAUAUUUAUUCCUGACGGUGAAGACCGUGCCAAAAUUAGUGCAUGGGGCGCAAUGCAAACACCACCAUUGACUUUUGAGCAAAUCCAAAAGCUUCGUCCACGCUGGUUAUGGAAACGAUGUAAACGAAUCAUUCCACCAGCUGACAUACUGCAUGGAUUGCUAAAGAAGGUUUUUGAAACUUUUGGCCCCCUCAAAGAUGCUACAACAGGUGCUCCUUUGUUUAACUUUAAUGAUUGGAAGACCUCGGGCCAUAUUCUUGAUUUGACACGACGCGGUUUUAUAUCUGAUCCACCCGGAAUUCCUCUCUAUGCGGCAAUAGGGAUUGAUAGUGCAGCACCAAGUCUCACUAUCUAUCGAUGUUUUCGUGGAACAAACAUGACAGAGGGUGGAGUACAUACUCAUCUUAGAUCACAUCUUCCAUCGUCGGGUGCAUCAGUGCAACAUGUUUACUCAUGCCUUGCUGAUUUCACUCUGCACCACAACCUUGUGGUUGGAACAUUCAAUAGCACUGGACAAAAGUAUCGCAGCCAUUUCUCAAUCUGGUUAACCAACAGCAUUCAGGAGCGAUUGUCAUUUCUUCACGAUGUUCUAAUAAAUCCCGUGGAAAUUACUGGAUGGGUUAACGGAAACCUAUACAUUCCUACCACCGAAACGUUAGGCAUUCUUCCGAUUCCAACCAGCAUUCGCAUUGCAACUGGGAUGUCUGAAUUUAUUCCUAGCAUUGACAAAAAGCAACGUCAUGCUUUUCUAGCUCAAAUGCAACACACACGAAAGCCCAUUCUUCCGAUUCAUAACGACAUUGAAAAGCAGCUUUUCCGAGAUCUUAUGCAAGCCAAUCCCGACUACAACUCUCUGACAUCCGGCCCAAUCUGGAAAAAGGCCGUGAAGGUCUGGAAUCACUACGCUGAUAUCAAUUCAGAGAUAUCAUACAAGUUAAUUGAACAAUUAAAAUCGUACUAUGCACAUUGGAAAACAAACCUCAAUGUUAAAGAGUCUCUUUUUACAACAUAUGACAUUCGGAAACCAUUGGCAGCAAUCCUUAGCAACCCAUCUCGCUCAGUAACGGCACCCCGUGUACCAGAGAAAACUCUGAAACCACUGAGUGUCGAUGACGGACUUCUUCCAACGUCCGUUUCUGUUGGAACCUUUAAUACAAAUCGUUCAGAGGUGCAUGGUAACAACAAAGACACACCUGUACACGAUGACCAACAGACACCGUUGCAAAGUGCAAAUUCCGACCUUUUGCUGCCCCACUCAACAACUCGAAAAACCUUUACUACCGCGACAAAUCUUGCAGUACACAAUCGUGUAAAUCGCGAAGCACUGUCUGAGAAACGUAUAAGGGAAAACGGCCUCGUACCUGUGCAAAAUGCGGCUCCACACAAUGUUCGGGUCGCCAACGGGUCAAGCAUUGCCACAACCGUUGUCGUGAUUGUGGAAAUGUCAAAUGCAAAGGUCGGUACACCAAGCGACCUGACAAGCCUUGUUAUGUGGGAUGGGUAG